AUGUGGAUAAUUGUUAUAAUAGCAUUAGGAGUAUGUUUGGAUUGUCCAAGAGUGUUUUAUUUGAGCAAUUUUUAGGAAUAAGCAAAUUUAAUCACAUAUUAGAGUGAUUAUAAUUAUAUAAUGGCAUCUGUUUAAAAUGGGAUAGUAUUUAUUUAAGCCGAAUCAGGAACAUUGAGAUAAUUAAAACCAAGUAAGUAAAUAUAAGUAACCAGUUAACGGAUAGGGUGUAACCUUUAUGUAGACAGAAUAGGCAUAUUUAUUUGUAGGAAAAACUAAUCAAUUACAAAUUUAUAGCUUAGAUGAAGAUAUUCCAAUUAAAGGUUCUCUGUCAUUUGCAGGAAAUGUGAACUAUUUACAAUUAGAAAAUGACAUUAUUAGUAUUGCCACUGAUUAGAACGAGGCACUCAUUUUGGAUAUUCAACAAAAUAGUGUUUUAGGAAGAAUAAAAUGUAAGAGAUUCUAUAUAUUAGACAUUUAGCAUAAUCGUUAUUGAACAUAUUAAUUAAUUAUCAGCUUUAAAUUAAUCAAUAUGUAGCUAAUAUUUUAAUAGGUAUCACUAAUAAAGGCACUUAUCAAAUAGAGUAUUACACUUCCUAUAUGCAACAAUUAUUAUAAAGUUUCAUUAUCACUCAAUUUAAUCUAAUUUAAAUUACCUCUAACUUAUAAGAUUCAAAUAAUCCUAUUACUAUUUUAUAUACUGUUUCUUAAUCAGCAAUGACUAUAUAUAAAAUCAAUAAUAAUAUUAAUGAUCAAAAAAUCACAUUAACAAGCUAAACUGUUAAUUUGGGAAUAAGUCCUAUUAGUAUCUAUUUGAUAUAAGAUGAAAUUCUUUUUUUUUCAGCUGAUUGUUAAUUUCAAAGAUAUAAUACUAAAUAAAAUACGUUGGGAACAUCUAAAUCAUGGAUCCAAGCUCCAUAAUGUCCAAAUAAUAUUAAACAACUCCUUUUUAAUUAUGAUGAUUUAAUCAUAAUUAUUUUAAUUAAUAAUCCUACUGAUGGAUCAGAAAUGAUCCUAUUAUAUUAAGUAGAUUAAAAUCUUAGUGGCACAAAAAUUAGAUCAUUUUAUUACUAUACUCAAACAAUUAGCACAUCUAUUAUUUUAUAAUCAUAAUAUAUAUUAGAAGUAGGUUAAACAAGUAGUGAUAUUUCAGUAUUUAAUCAAUGGUUUUAAUUAUAAGAUAUAAUACAAAUCAAUAAUAAUAAUAAUCCUGCAUUAUAAAUUAUUUAAUCUGAUUUAAUUCUUAUACUUUAUACUAAUGGUUUAGUUGUAAUAUUAACAUAAACUUAAUCCACUUGCUAAUUCUCUUAAUAUUAAUGUUAUAUCUAUAGUGUAUUAAAUUCUUUAUAAAUAUCAAAUGUUGCAACUUAUACUCAACAAAUGAUCUAAUAGUUCUAAUAUAAUAAUGUUAUCUAUAUAGUAUAUGCUUUAGAUAAAACACUAAGCUUUUAUAGUUUUAUAAAUAACGUUUUCAGUAAUGCUCCCACAAAUUCAGUUUUACAGGACGAUUAUAUUUUGUAAAUAUUAGUCACAGCAAACUCACUUUAAAUAUUAUUAUCAAAUAACAAUUUUAUCACUUACCCUCUUAGUAUUGCUAUUCAAUAGGAAAAUGCUAUUACAACCAAUUUGUAAUUGUCCAAAGUAAUUUAAAUUGCUUAGGAUCAAACCUAUUAGGUGAUUACUAAUGGAAAUUAAAUCUAUAUAAGUUUACUAAAUGAUCCAUCUACUAAUGCUCAAUUUUAAUGUAAAUAUUUUAUUAAUAAUAAAAGAGCCAGGAAAAGCUUACAAAUAAAUUCAAAUAUAUAAAGAUUAUCUAUUGGUGUUAGAAUAAUAAUCUUACACAUUAUUAUUUUACUUAUUAGCCAAUCUUAUCUAAUAGAAUCAGUUUACAGAUUAUAUGAUAAAGACUACAUAUUUUAGUGAACAAUUUAAUUUGAAUAAUAACUAUUUAAUAGUGCAAUUUUAAAAUUAUGUAAUGACCUUAUAAUUGAAUGAAUAUUUUUAGUAAGGCUAGAGUGGUUUUGAAUGUACUUUCACUCAAACUUACAGUAGUAAUCUAUUCUCAUUUGUUAAUACUUAAAUUUCAUUAACCAACUUUUAAAUUUUAUAUUAGACCUUCUAAAAUCUCACAAUGAUUAGCGGUUAAAUCUAUAUCAACAAAUUAAAUAUCGAUUGGAAUAGAAUAAUUAUAAAUGAAGGGAAUAACUUUUAAGUCAAAUUAUUUAUAAUAGGUAUUUCCACUUCUCAAUCGAGUGUUAUUAUUGGGAAAAGCAUUGAAAACUUUAAUUCUGUAAAUUUUCAAGAUUUAACUUUAAUUGUCCCAUCUUGUAAAUUAUAAUUAAACAAUAUUUUAUUAAGUGAUAUUAUUAACUGUUAAAUCACUAAUGCAAAAGCUUACUAAUGCCCUUACUUUAAUUUAAAUAAUGUUUAUUAAUUUAUGCUUUAAAAUUUUUAAAUCAAUAAUUUCGUCAUGUCCUAACCAUUUAUACAAUCAACUAAUGGAUAUGACAUUUAAUUAAGUGACAUUUAAAUAUCAGGGUCAAAAUUAAAUUAACUAGUUUCAAUCACUGAUAAAACUUAAAUAUUUUUAAAAACAAUUACAAUCACUAAUUCACAAUGUUAAACUUCAAUGAAUUAGUUAAUUCAAUAUUAUGGAAUUGAAGCUCAAGAUGUGACUAUAACUGGAAAUCAACUUUGUAGUUCAAUUUUUAAUAAUAUCAUAAUAGAAUCAUAUCAACCUAUUGAAAUAAAACUAGUAGAUGUAAUAAUUUAAGAUAAUACUUUUAUAACUUAUCAAAAUGCAGCAAUUAUUAAUCAAUAACUUAGUAAUUUAUUUUAUGAAUCAAUUAUUACUUUAAAUUAAAUUUAACUUAUAAAUAAUCAAUAUUAACAAUCAAAUAAAUUAGCCUUUAAGUUUUCCUUUGGAUAAAGUGUUGAUGCAUCUUAAUUAACUUUUGAUAAUAGCUCAUUACUUGUAUAAUCUUUCAACUCUAUUUCAUUUAAUUUUAUUACUUUUACUGUUUCCUCUUCAUUAAGUCUUUUACUCCUUGAGAUUCCAAAUAUUUAAAUAAAUUAAAUUAAUUUUGAUCAAGGAACAAUAUAUUAAAAUGCAUUAAUUACAAUAUCUAACUAAAAUGAUUAUGAUUGUACAUAGAUGAAUUAAUGUAUAAUUUAGAUGAGUUAUGUGAUAAUAUCGAAGUUAAAUAUAAUUUCGAAUUCCUUGUUAAAUAUUUGUUAUGCAAUUUCACUUGAUAUCAAGAACUAAUUUAAUGUAGUUUUGACAAAAAUUUAAAUAGGAAACUUUAAUUUAAAAUCAGCAGAUUAAAAUUAUAUAGUCUCUUCAGCAGGUUUAUAUUUUAAUGGAUUUCAAUCUUAACUGGAAAUUUAAUCAUCUAAUUUCAAUAAUAUUAAUUGUAGUAUUGGUGCAAGUUUACUAGUUUUAAAUGCUUAGAUAAUAACAUUAGAUUAAAUCUUUGUUAAUUAUUUGAAUGCAACAGAUUCAACAUAUCAUGGUGUUUAAAAUGUAAAAGGUGGUGUAGCAUAAAUUUCUUGUAUUAUACUUUAUGUUUAAAAUAGUAAUUUUUAAUAGAUUUAUUCAUAAAGUGGUUCAAUAUUUUUAAUAUAGAUCUAUCAUUCUUAAUAAUAUAAUUCAAGAUUAACGUUUUCGAAUAAUAUUAUUACAAAUAUUUAUUCGUUUGGUAAUGGUGCUAUUUAUAUAGAGAAUGCUUUAGAAUAAACAAUUAUUACUUUUUAGAGUAAUUAGAUCUCUUAAGUAUUUUCUUUAAAGGAUGGUGGUUUUUUAUAUUUUUAAUAAGAAGAGAUUGCUAAUUAUCCUUAUUUAAAUUUGACAAAUGUUGAUAUAAGUAAUAUUUCUAAUAUCUAAUCUUAUAAAUUUAGUAAAUAAUUGACACUUUAAGAUAAUUCUUUUUCAAACAUAUAUUCUUAAAAUGGAUCAAUAUUAAAAAUUGGUUUUUUCAAUAUCAAUCUUAAGAAUAAUAGUUUACAAUAUAAUAACUUAAGUUCAACUCCUGAUAUAUUUAAUCCUUAACAGUUAAAUUAAGGUUCAUUGUUUUAUCUUGAAUAUUGUGUUUUGAAUGCUCUUUAGUUAUAAAUUUAAAAUAUAUCAUCAUUUUCUACUUAAGCUUAAGAAGGAUAGAUAAUUUAUGCAAAUGAAAGUUGGAUUUCAAUAAAAGAUAGCAAAUUUUGGAAUAUUGUUACAAAGAAUUCACAAUUAUUAAAUUUGAUUACUUGUUAUUUGAGUGUGAAUGUUUUAACAGUUUAGAAUAUAAGUUAAAUAUCUUAUAAAUUAAAUUAAAGUUUGAUUUAAUUAUAGGAUUCGGUUUUAUAUAUGUUGGCACCUUAAAUAAUGUAAUUAUCAUGUGAUUUAUUGAAUUGUCUAUCAAGUGGGUUUUUUUUAAAAAAUACUUAUUCUUAUAUAAGUGGUGGAUAUUGUUAAGGAAAUAAAGGUAAUUUUGGGAGUUGUUUUUAUUUAUCAUAAAAGGAAUAAUUUGGUUAUUUUGAGAAUAUAAUGUUGAUGAAUAAUUAUGCAUAAUAUGAUGGAGGAUCAAUUUUAGCAGAUUUGUAGAAUGUAUCUAAUAUAACAGUUGUGAAUUGUACCUUCUCUUCUAAUGUAGUAUUAGGUUCAGGGGGAGGUUUAUAUAUAAAUUCUUUUAAUUAGGAAUUCAAAUUAUCAGAGAUAUUAGAUAUACCAGUGAUAAGUAUAAGUUAAAGUUUUUUUAUAAAUAAUAUAGCUUAUAGAUAUGGAGGUGGAAUAAAGACUUUAGUUUUUUGGCCUAAAUUAAUAAACAAUUACUUUUAUAAUAAUAGUGCUUUAGUAGAAGGGGAAGAUUUAAGUUCCUAUCCAUCAUCAUUAUUUUUGAGUGGUCCUCUUGAGAAUUAAGGAGUUAUCUAAUAAGUAUAUGAUGAAAAUCUUAACGAAGCAAAUGGGUAUUUCUUUAUUUAAGAUUCAAAUAAUGGUUAAUAUAUUAUAAGCAAUUUUGGUAGUGGUAAUACAAUUUAAUAGCCUUUAUAAUUCAUAAUGAAAUCAUCAAAUAAUUAAACUAUGUACAAUGUUUAAUCAUAGUUAAAAAUUUAUGGAACAGGAAAUUAAAAUUAUUCAAUUUAAAUUUCUAAUGGUGAAGAUUAUGUACAAUUUAAUAACACUGGAUUCUUUUUAGAUGAAGUUACUUUAAUUGGAAUUCCUACUACUGAAUUUUCAUAUUAUUUAACCUCAAAUGAAAUUAAAACUACUCAAGAAUUUAAUUAUUACUUUACUAGCAAUUAUAAUUAUACUCUUAAAGUUAUAUUUAGAAAGUGUUUAUAUGGAGAAAUCCUUUAUAAUUUUGAAAGACAAACUGUUUGUUAUAAAUGUCCUUAAAGAUUCUAUUCAUUUAAGAUUCCAACAAUUGAAGAUCCUGGAUAAUGUUCUGUAUGUCCACUUAGAGAUUAAUAUCAUAUUUAGUGUUAUGGGGGAGCUUAAACAAAUUUAGAUUCUCAGUAUUGGAGAGAAAAUAUCACUACAUUAUAAAUAUAUAAAUGUGAUUCUUAAUUUAGCAGUUGUCAAGGUGGUGUAUCUUAAGAUUAAUGUGGAUUAGGAUAUAUGGGUAGAAUGUGUUAAUCUUGUGAUUAUAAUGAUAAUUAUGCUAGAGAUACUAGAUCUUAGUGUGUUAUAUGUAAUCAAGUUGAAUGGCCAUUAACUAUCAUUUUACUUACUAGUAUAGGAGUAUUAAUAUAUUUUACCAUGUCUAUCUUCUUUUUAGCUAAAGAUGUUAUCAUUUUGUGUUUAUUGCCAUGUUUAAAUUAAUUAUUACCACCACUCAAAAAAAUAGGAUCCAAUCUAGGAUAGGUUAAAGAUUUAAAUUCUCUUAUGAAAAUAUUCUUAGCUUACUAUCAAAAAAUAUCUUUAGUUACUAAAAUUGUUGUUGAUAUUCCUUCAUAAUUUUAAGAUUCAUAAGAUCCAUCUAUAUUUGAUUUCUCUUUAGAAUGUCCAAUCAUUAAUCUUAAUAAUUACAUUCCCAUGGUAUAUGUUAAUUACAUCAUUGAAGUACUUAAACCAAUAUCAUCAAUGAUAUUUUUCAUGAUCAUAUGGACUAUCUUAUUUAGAAAAUAGAAAAUUAAAAUUGGAAUUUAUUAUACUGCCACAUGGCUUGUUAUUUGGCUAUUCUAUUUACCUAGCUUUUAUGAAAAAACUCUCUAAUUAAUGAACUGCAAAGAUAUUGGUGAUUCUAGAUAUCUUAAACCUGAUUUAAAUUAAGAUUGUUAUGGAACUUAACAUUUUUUUUAUACCCUUUUUAUAUCAAUUCCUUGUCUCCUUUUUUUUCUAAUUUACAUUCCAGUUAUGCUCUUAUAUCAUAUUAGAAAUGAUAUGAGGAAGAAAGAUAAAAGACCACUCAGAAAAUAUAAAUAUUAUUAUAUAAAUGGUGAAUUCAAAGAAAAAUACUAUUAUUGGGAAUUUGUUAGAUUACUUGAAAAAAUUCUUAUUUAAACAGCUAUUGAAAUAUUUUUCUAUGAUAAUAUAUAUAUGGCUGAAUCAUGUUUGAUUAUUGUUCUUAUUUAUGGAAUUGCAUCAUUUGUUGCACAACCAUAUGGAUAUAAAAGAUAAAAUUUUGUAAAUGUUAUUUCUAGUUUUACUGCUUUUGGAACCAUUUAUAUUGCACUUGUUAUAGCAUCACUUAAAAAUUAAUUUUCUGAUCAAAAUGCACCAAUUAUCAUCUUUUUUGAAGUUAUAUUGGCAAUUAUUAAUGCUAUAUAUGCUUUGUGGAUGAGUUGGAAAUUAUUUAUUGUUCUUGUUCCAGUUUUAUUUGUAAAUAUUGAACAAUUUUAAAAAGUAUUUAUUUUAUAAAAUAUUCUUUUUUUUAGAAAGUAGCCAAUAUAAAAAUAUUAAGGAAACUCUUUUUAAGUGAAAGAAUGAGAGCAAAACUAUUAUUCAAGUAGGUAGGUUAAAAAGUAAUUGUGAUCAAUUUAGUUAAAAAACAUGCCAUGAUGAGAUAUUUAUAAAAAGAAUAAAAAGAAAAAUAAUUAAUUGAAAUUGUAUUUAUUUUAUUAAUGUAAUUUUAGGAAGACAAAAUUAGGAAUAGAAAGUAAACAGCAGCAUAAGAGGCAUUAAAUUACAUUUUAAGAAAUAAUUUUGAAAAAUAAGAAAUAUUGGAAGAUAACAACAAUGUUGGAUAUGAGGAAUUGUCAGAUAAUACAAAAUUAUGA